UAUAUAUAUAUAUAUAUACAUAUAUCUAUUUGUGUGCGUAUAUAUAAUUUUUAAUUAAAGGAAAGGUGUGUUUGUAAUUUCCUGUAUAAGAAUACAGAAUCAAAAAAGGAGAAGAAAAUGGAGGACUUUUCAAUAGGAAAUUUCUACGAUACUAAUUUGACGGGAUUUGAUAACUAUAUUAGUGACAAUCUUACAAUCGGAUCAACACCAAAUAAUAUCAGUAAUACAACCGAAUUAUGUACAAAUGAAUACUGUGUUUCUGAUGAAGAAUAUAUAAGUAUGAUUGAAGAUUACAUAUUUCCAAAUCCUUAUGAAUGGGUGCUGGUAGCUUUUCAUAUAACAGUGUUCUUCGUAGGAUUGAUAGGAAAUGCUUUAGUCUGCAUAUCCGUUUACAGAAAUCACAGCAUGAGAACUGUUACCAACUACUUUAUUGUCAAUUUGGCAGUUGCUGAUUUCUUGGUCAUACUGGUUUGUUUACCACCGACCGUUCUUUGGGACGUGACAGAAACGUGGUUUUUCGGUAGAAUUAUGUGCAAACUUGUUCUCUACUUACAGACCGUAUCUGUAUCCGUAUCUGUGUUAACGUUAACUUUUAUUUCGGUUGAUCGAUGGUAUGCCAUCUGUUACCCUCUGCGAUUCAAGAGCACCGCCUUCAGAGCCAAGACAUCUAUUCUCAUUAUCUGGCUGAUGUCUCUACUUUUAGUCCUACCUGAAGCUAUUGUCUUGGAUACCCGUCGUCAUCCAAACAUCCAAGGAGAUGUCGAUUAUUUGACUGAUUGUGUCCCCACCUGGUCCGAUGGAGAUACAACUAUAUAUCAACUAUUUCUUAUACUAAUAUUAUAUAUUUCACCAUUUAUACUAAUGUCUAUCGCUUAUUAUCAAAUUGCCAAAGUUCUUUGGAAUAAAAAUAUACCGGGAUCAUCUGAAACGACAGUUAGACAUUCACGUAAAUUAACAGUGAAGCAUAUAGAUAAAAACGGUACAACUAAAUUUCAACCUGUUAACCAGAAUUGCGAAGGACAAAUAAGAUCAAGAAGAAAAGCAGCAAAAAUGUUAAUAGCAGUUGUUGUAAUGUUUGGUUUGUGCUACUUACCUGUUCAUCUUAUAAACGCCCUCAGAUAUACCAUUGGACUUCCUCAAAGUCAUGCUACAACAGUAGCGUCACUUAUCUCCCAUUGGCUUUGCUAUGGUAACAGUGCUGUAAAUCCUCUUAUAUAUAAUUUUAUGAACGGAAAAUUCCGGAAAGAAUUCAAAAAUGUUUUCACAUGCAAGUGUCUCAGAUCGACUUAUCCAAGAACUAGGACAGUAAACAAUACAACUUACCCAUAUCGUUUCGCCAGUUCUUUUACACACUGUGAAAAUAUAAAUAUGAAUUCAAUCACCAGAAAUUCUUAAAAUUUAUAAAUUACAUUUGAGGAAUAUUUACUAAAGUUGUUAAUAUUUUGUAAUAAAUUUAAUA